CUGGACGGUUAAAAGCAUCAAAUCUAUAAUUUCUGGUUCUUCAUUUAAAUUUGGUAAUCUUUUUCCUUUGAUAAUUGAGAAUCAGACUAUUAUUUUUCUCUUUUCAGAAUCUAUCAUUUCAUUUGGAAUCUGUUUAUCGGGAAUCUAUCAUUUCAUAGACUAUAAUUAUACAAGCAGCUCCUACUCAAUUACACCCACAGAGAGAGAGAGAGAGCCAGAAUCCAUGAACAUUUGCACAGCAAAAGACAAAGAAAAUGGCAGCAGCAUCGAUCCUUCAACUGAACUUGAUGCCGGAGCUCUGUUCGUCCUCAAAUCAAGAGGAUCGUGGUUGCACUGCGGAUAUCAUUUGACAACGUCAAUCGUCGGUUCGGCGAUUUUCAGUCUUCCUUUUGCAGUAGCCUUUCUCGGCUGGGGAUUCGGAGUUGUGUGCAUAAUUCUCGCUGCUUUAGUCACUUUCUAUUCAUACAAUCUUCUUUGUGUGGUGUUGGAACACCGCGCUCAACUUGGGAACCGCCACCUUAGAUUCCGGGACAUGGCUACAGAUAUUCUUGGGAGAAUUAUGACAGGACCUGGAUGGGGCAAGUAUUUUGUGGGUCCACUUCAAUUCGUAAUAUGCUAUGGUGCAGUUAUUUCCGGCACUCUUCUCGGAGGACAGAGCCUAAAGUUCAUUUUCCUUCUCUGCAACUCAAAUGGGAAACUGCAACUGUACCAGUUUAUAAUUAUUUUUGGAGGUGCAAUAUUAUUGUUGGCACAAAUGCCAUCCUUCCACUCUCUAAGACAUAUCAACUUUGUCUCAUUGAUCCUUUGUCUUGCUUAUACUGUUUGUGUCACAGCUGGUUCUAUACAUAUUGGAAAUUCCAAGAAUUCACCUCCCAAGAACUACUCCAGAGUUGGAUCCCAAGAAAAUCGAUUUUUCGAUUCUAUUAAUGCUAUUUCAAUCGUCUCUACCGCAUAUGCCUGUGGAAUAAUCCCUGAAAUACAGGCAACUAUAGCUCCUCCGGUGAAGGGCAAGAUGUUCAAAGGAUUAUGCAUCUGCUAUACAGUGGCAGUCACUACAUUCUUCAGCGUAGCCAUCUCUGGUUAUUGGGCAUUUGGGAAUCAAGCUAAGGGAACAGUUCUUACCAAUUUCAUGGUUGAUGGCAAACCAUUGUUGCCUCCUUGGUUUCUUUUGAUGACCAACAGUUUCAUUCUCUUACAACUUGUUGCUAUAACAGUCACAUAUUUGCAACCAACAAAUGAAUUGUUCGAAAAACGGUUCGCAAAUCCAAGGAUGGAUGAGCUCUCGAUUCGCAAUGUGAUACCAAGGUUGAUUUUUAGAACAUUGUCAGUAACCAUAGGUACCCUAAUAGCUGCAAUGUUACCUUUCUUUGGAGACAUAAUGGCGCUACUUGGAGCAUUUGGAUGCAUUCCUUUGGAUUUCAUUUUGCCAAUGGUGUUCUACAAUGUCACUUUCAAGCCAUCCAAACAAACCCUGAUUUUCUGGAUCAAUACAUUGAUAGCAAUAGUUUCAUCGACUCUGGCCGCAGUUGGGGCAGUAGCAUCGGUUAGACAAAUAGUUGUUGAUGCCAAGAUGUAUAGCUUGUUUGCUGAUAUGUAGAGGGUCCAUAUCUAGUGAGUCCGGCAGUUGUUUUGAUUCUUCCAUAAUUCAACACCAGUCAGUUUUAUUUAAUUUACUAUUAAUAUUUCUGCG